AAUAAAUAAUUUCAAGGUUAAAAAUGAAUUUAAAUAUACAAAAAAAUAAAGGUCGUUUAUUACGCCGUGAAAUCGAUAAUGUCUUAAGUGCAAUUAAACGUUUAUUUUUUUAUUUUAGCUUAGCAUCGACGCUGGCGAGGUCACCAGCAUUGAUACUCUCGCGUCUUUUGAAGAGGAAUUUAGUAGAACAAGCAAGGAAUUUAUCCUUAGUAGACCCCAGACUCUUCCUGAACAGAACCAGUCAUUCUGGGUUCUUUACCGUAGAUGAGAAGUACAAUUCCAACCUCUUCUUUUGGUACUUCCAAGCUGAGAACUUUACUCCGGAUACUCCAUGGAUAUUGUGGCUGCAAGGAGGUCCAGGAGCUACCAGCCUCGCCGGCUUAUUCGACGAAAUAGGACCCUUCGAAUAUAGCAACAAUCAGUUGAAAUUACGCAAAUACUCAUGGACGAAGGACCAUUCAGUGCUGUUUAUCGACAACCCUGUGGGCGCCGGCUUCAGCUUUACUGACAGCCCUAAGGGUUUCGUCCAAGACAUGGCCACGUGUUCAAGUCACCUGUACAGCGCCUUACGUCAGUUCGUGAUGGUGUUCCCAGAGCUGAAGAAGGCUCCUCUCUACAUCGCCGGGGAGUCGUAUGCUGGCCGGUACCUGCCGGCACUAGGCUUGAAGAUACUAGAACAGGAUAGAAGUAUCGGAGUGUUGGAUGUUAAUCUGCAGGGGAUAAUGAUUGGCAAUCCAGUGUUGGGUCGCGACAGCAUAGCAGAUUACAGCACGUUCUACCACCAGUGGGGUCUGGUGGACACACAAGGCAAACUUGCCGUCAAACCUCUACAGGACGCUUACAAUAAGGCUAUAGAAAACGGAGAGUCGGACACAGCGGCACGUCUCCGGGAGGAACUCCUAAACAAACUUGACGACAUGUCAAUGCAACAGCAGACCUUCAACAUUCUUCUAGACAGCAUCUCCAACCUUAAUGACUUCGUUGAGUACAUCACAAGACCCGAAGUGAGCGACGCGCUACACACCGGGAGCAUCAAGUUUGUCUUCCACAAUGACACUGCUCACGCGAGGCUGACUCCAGACUUCCUGAGUGAAGUGAACUCGAAGGUUGAGAUGCUGCUCAACCAUUAUAGGGUGCUGAUAUACUGCGGACAGCUGGACCUGACAGCUCCAUGCGUGCCGAACGCGGAGGCGCGGCGCAAGCACUGGCGCUGGAACCAUCGACAAGACUUCCUCAAUGCCGCGAGGACACCGUGGUGGUACGACGGCAGGGUCGCCGGAUACGUCAAAAGCGGAGGUAGCCUGACUGAAGUAUUGGUCCGCGGUGCAGGCCAUCUGGUCCCUAUGGACAGGCCAGCAGAGACCGUCGAGCUGAUCACUUACUUCAUCAAGAAUUACGAUCUUCAACUGCCGCCAAACUACCACAUCGUCCCUGAAGAUACUGCGAAAUAUAUAGACCAAGAUGAAGGGAUCUCAAAAGCUAUCUUACAGAUCCCUGGUGCUAACACGCCGUCUGGUUCCCAAGCUGCCAUGGUAGUGAGCAUAGUUCUCAAUGUGAUGCUCAUCCUAGCUAUAGUCUGUGGUGUUGUGUACGCAUUGAGGUGGAAGAAACGGACUGACGCGUAUCUAUACAACAACGUCGAAGAAACCAGCAUAACCUCAACCAUGUUUUAAAGCAAAGAGUACCAAAUUAGGGAUAAUUGUUGCUGGUUGUGUUGAUAACAAAAAAAAACCGGUUGUGUCUAGAGUUUUUGAGAAGUUGUUUUUAAAUAAGAAGAUUGAUCAAAAGAUCUCAGUAUGUUGUUCGAUCAAGAGCCAUUAUCUUUGACGCAGGAAAAUGCGUUUCCUCAUGACAUUAAUUUAAUUUUAAUUUAAUCGCGUCCUUUUAAACUCGCCAUAAAUUUAAGUACAGUAACUUACAAUACAAGACUAAUUAUUGAAUGACAAGUGAUGUGAAGGUUACGUAGGUGGUAUUAUUGACGUAUCUAACUAUAGGACCUUACCACUGCUUAGUGUGGUAGUGAGACGACGCUACACGGCGUAGAAAGGACUCUCUCGUUUUUCCGGCCAUACCAGACCCUCAGUGCCUUUUAGUUAUAAUCUUGUAAAUAUUGUAUUAUUAUUGAUAAUAUAAUUUAAGUAUUAUAAAUAAAAAGUAUGUUGUAUA